UGUGUGUUAGCGUGUGUGUGAGACACUGAACCAGGAUCUUUCUGAAGAAGCUUUGAGAUGAAAUUGCUGAGAAUUUUUGCCUGAAGCGAGGGAUGUUUCCCUAAUCUAAGACAAGCAGCAGCCUGCAGUCAGAGAGAAGCAGUGGCCAAAGUCAAUCCAGAAAAGAGACUUCUCACAGAUCUUCUCAAGAGUUCAAAAGGAGAUGGUGAUGAGGAGGGAGGAGGAUCCCAUGAGGCCCCAGUGUCAGCUUUCAUCAUGCUGUUUGCAAUGAGAGCCUGAGAUUUUCCAGCGCUGAACAUUUCUGUGUCUCGUCUACCACCACACCCUGAAAUCAAAUUCACAGCCAGGUGAACCAGGCACUGUACAAACAUGUCAGAGCUGCCUCCGCCCCCUUCUCUCCCGCUCUCUCUUGCCUUCUCCUUUCUCUCUCAAGUUUCUCGGCGAGUCAACGGAUUCCAGCGUGAGAAUAUUUCCACCUCUCCACUGGUUCUGGAGCAGUGAGAAAUCUAGGGAUAUUAAUGACUUAAUGUACUGGAGUACCGAACAGUGAAGUAGUCUGAGAAGAAGAAGAAGAGAAGCACCUAGCUGCUCUAAAUGGGAUACAAGAGCGAUUGGAGUGUCUUUCUGAGGGAAGAGGGCAGAGGAAGUCCUGCACGGAAACCCUAGGAACAGUGAAGCUUGGGGAGAAAGUGUAGGCUCAAGCUUUUGUGUUUUGGUGAGUAACCCUCAGGAACUUUGUUGAGGAACCUGGCAGGAACUUCACCCAUUUAUUAUUUGUUCAUGACAGAGUCUACUGUGUGCUAGGCAUUUUCUAGAUGUCCAGAAAGUGAUGUCCCUGCCCCCCAAAAACUCACAAUGUAAGGACAGAUAGCCAAGUAGAGAGAAGUUACAGGAAAGGGGACAAAAAGCAGGGAUUUUCUAGAGUGGGGAUUAUACAUUGCUUAAACUAGGGCUGCUCAGUUUAUGCUACAGAGCUUUAGCACUGAGCCUGUGCUGAAGCAUUUUACCUAGACUGAGCUAUCUAAAAUGCUAGGCUCCUGAUGAAGGCUCCCUGGCCAUUUCUCUCAUCAUGACCUUUCACAAACUGCUAUUUCUAAUAGUAUCAUUCUAACCGUGGCAUUCUUGACAGUUUGCAGCUUUCUUGAACCGGAGAUACUUGAUUUAUGGAAUUUACAGCUCAAGCAGCUUUAGGCGGACAAUAAGGUGUCCCUGCUAAACGUGCCCUUAAAACCACAAACAGAAAACAUUCUAGGUCAGAUACAUGAAAUUGCUGACUUUAAGCAUUUAUAAAUUUGGAACCAAAUUUCCACUAAUUUUUUCCAGGCUUGAUAAAAUCUCUUCAGCAAGUUUAACUCUGGUAGCUAUUUGUAUUGAGGUGGUCAUGAGCUGCAAGUUUGGGACUCAGCUUUUUGAACACCUCAAAGUUCAAAUGUAUUGGAUUUGUGGCUUUAGUCUCAGCCUAUUAUAAAAGUAGGGGCCAUUCACAAAAAUCAAAUCCAGCUUUGGAUUUAAUACCCAACCUCCCCACAUCUAAAAUAGCCCUUUCAAAAAUACUAAUAAAACUGAGCCUUUGAUUCAGGCCUAUAUCAACUUUUAAAGUUAGCUGCAGAUAAAAAUUUGGCUCAACCUACAUUGCUUAAAUUUUCCAAAAAAAUUCUCUUUGGCUUUCUCUGCUCUAGGAAGAGUAGGACCCAUAACUAUCUGCCUAUUCAGCUCCUCUGGUGAUGACAGUGAUGGUAGCUAUAGAUAGGGCUCAGGCUCUUUCUCUCUGUUAUCUAAGCUUAUUCUGAGUAGAUUUAAAUGAGAAGUCAUAAAAACAGCUAUCUAUAGUCUCCCUCAUUACUCCCAACAGGGUAGCUACAUCAGUGGUGAUUUAUGGAUCCUAGUGUAAGCUCAGCUAUUUAGGCUAAGACCAAGAUUGGAAAAACUCAGACUAAAAGGAAUUUGUAUGAGCAAUGGAAAAAGAGGGGUUAGACUGGAAAUUAGAAUGCAGUUAUAACUGUAGGCACGUUUGCCAACCCUCCAGGAUUGUCCUGGAGCUUCUGGGAAUUAAAGAUUAUAUCAUGUGAUGAAACCUCCAGGAAUAUGUCCAACCACAAUUAGCAACCCUAAUUAAAGCAGUACAGUAACUACUGUGAAGACCAGAUAAAUGACUAGAUCUAAUGCAUUUGAUCUCUCUGAUUCAGGCAUCAUGUUUCGCAAAAAGAAGAAGAAACGACCUGAGAUCUCUGCUCCACAGAACUUCCAGCAUCGGGUCCACACCUCAUUUGAUCCAAAGGAGGGUAAAUUCAUUGGCCUGCCCCCUCAAUGGCAGAAUAUUCUAGACACCCUAAAACGGCCAAAGCCAGUUGUAGACCCUUCAAGAAUCACCAGGAUGCAGCUUCAACCUAUGAAGACUGUAGUGAGGGGCAGCAGCAUCGAAGUGGAGGGAUAUAUCUCUGGGAUACUGAAUGAUAUUCAGAAGCUUUCUGUGAUCAGUUCCAACACUCUAAGGGGAAAGAGCCCGACCAGCAGGAGAAGAGCCCAGUCACUUGGACUUUUGGGAGAGGACAGGCUCCCAGACAUGUAUCUUCAGAGCCCUGAGGUUGACUGGGAAGACAAAUAUGGAAACUACCUCAACUGCAAUGGUGGAAGCAAAGCAGCCCGAAGGCAGACUAUGUGGCCAGAUUAUAAACCCAGGAUGGAUGGGCAAUCUCAUCCCAAUGGUAUUGUAAUGAAAGCAAAGUCCCUUGGGCCUUCAGAAUUCCAAGGUGAGGAUGGGCGCUGCAUCCAGCUCACUUCAGUUUCGCAGCACCAACAGCACACCUGUGUUCUGGUUGGGAAGAGUGAUAAAACUGAAAGAAGAAGCUCAGAAUGUUGGCCCCAGCCUUGCCUGGUGGCACAAGUGAAUCCCAGGCCUUCUUGGGAGGGCAGCCCUUGUCCCAAAUCGAGGGAAAACAGCUUGAAACGGAGGCUGUUACGAAGUGUGUUUCCCUCAUCCGGUGACUCAAAUAAGUCAGGCCCCACCCUGCAGAUUAAGUCCAAUGCUUUCUUCAGGCCCCAGCAAUGGGGUUCUCCACGCAGCCCUUCAACCAAAGCCCAGUCUCUUCCACCUGAUCAGCCAGUACCAGAUUUAACCAGGAUGAUUUCAGAAGCUGGUACCCCCCAGAAGAGCCCAAUUGAGAGGGCAACUACAUUGCCACAGGGCAGGCCAUCACCAGCAGGAUCCCCCCGAAACAGACACACUCAGACCAGUUCCAGCAACCUUCACCUGUCCCAAGACUCUUCCGCUAAAGGACAGUUGGCCAAUGAAGACCCUGUGGUCGUGACUCAUGAGCAGUUCAAGGCCGCACUCCGAAUGGUGGUGGACCAGGGUGAUCCCCGGACAUUGCUGGAGAACUAUGUAAAGAUUGGUGAAGGAUCCACAGGCAUUGUCUGCAUCGCUCGUGAGAAGCAUUCAGGGCGACAGGUGGCAGUAAAGAUGAUGGACCUGAGAAAGCAGCAGCGACGGGAACUUCUUUUUAAUGAGGUGGUGAUAAUGAGAGACUAUCAGCAUGUCAAUGUGGUGGAGAUGUAUAAAAGCUACCUGGUGGGAGAGGAACUCUGGGUUCUCAUGGAAUUUUUGCAGGGAGGAGCCCUCACUGACAUUGUCUCUCAAAUCAGGCUAAACGAGGAACAAAUUGCGACAGUGUGUGAGUCAGUGCUGCAAGCCCUUGCAUACUUGCAUUCCCAGGGUGUGAUUCACAGAGACAUUAAGAGCGACUCCAUUCUCCUGACCCUCGAUGGAAGGGUGAAACUCUCAGAUUUUGGCUUCUGCGCUCAGAUCAGUAAAGAUGUACCAAAAAGGAAGUCCCUGGUAGGAACUCCAUACUGGAUGGCUCCGGAGGUUAUUUCAAGGGCCCCAUACACUACUGAGGUGGAUAUCUGGUCUCUAGGGAUCAUGGUGAUAGAGAUGGUGGAUGGAGAACCCCCCUAUUUCAGUGACUCACCAGUCCAAGCAAUGAAGAGAGUCCGUGAUCAUUCUCCUCCUAAACUGAAAAAUUCUCACAAGACUUCUCCAGUUCUGAGAGACUUCCUGGAACGGAUGUUGACACGAGAUCCCCUAGAAAGAGCAACAGCACAAGAGCUUCUGGAUCACCCCUUCUUGCUCCAGACUGGACUUCCAGAGUGCCUAGUCCCCCUUAUUCAGCAGUACAGGAAGCGCACCUCCACCUGCUGACUCUGCACAUGGGGAAAAGCCAGUAUCCCAGCACUGGAAAUGCAAUUUCUCUGCUGGAAAUACUUGUUGUACUUGACCAAGACUCAAGCAGUGUCACUCUGCGAACAGUGCUUAGAACUUGUCAGUAUUUUUUUUUGGAAGGAUGAAUGUGAAAAUUCCCCCCAGCCUUUAGCUGCUUCCCUUUUGCUGAAGACAAUCAAGUCAGACCCAUUAUCUCAAGAACAAAACAGAGGCAUUACAUGGCUUCUGGAAUCUCAUAUUUCUCUUACAAGAAUGGCAUUUUAAAGAUGUUUGAAUUUGUAUAUUGAAGGGUCUGCAAACUCUGGAAAAUUUUAACUACUGGCUAUCAAAUUGGAACUAUAUUCCCCAAACAGAAAUGUGAUCUUUGUUUUUUAAUAUUAGUUGUACACUGGAGUCCUGAGCUGACCCCAGAGAGACUCAUUUUGGGGCACCAGCAUUUUAAAAAAUCCUAUCUUUAACAAUGCACAAGGAUUUCAACACUGAGACUCUCUUACUUUUUUAUCUCAUUCCACAUGUGUGAACAUCAUUGGGCCUGAAAAAGCUACCUGGAGGGCAGAUGGAAACCAACCAAACAUACAUUACAACUUCCUUCUUUGCAUCAAACUGCUUCAUUUUUAUGGAGAAUAUAUGUAGUUUAACAAGACAAAAAAGUGGUCUGUCUUGAGUCGACUGCAUGAUCUUAGAUGUGUGGAGAGAUGAUGCUCCUUUGCACAGGCCUUCUCUAAGUGUGUGUCUGUGUCUCUCUCUUCUCUAUAGAGAAUGUACUGCCUGCUACCAGAAUCCUAUGGCUGAAGCUUCAUAACAUGUAACACCACUGCCUUCUCCAACACUGACUCAAAUAGGAGGCAAAAUGGUGUUCUCAGCAGGAAGGGUUUAAGAAAGCUUGUCCCAGGGUCUAGGUCCCCCUGGGUACAUUGGAUUCAUAUCAAGCAAUGCUGCCUUGAAACAGCUGCUAGGUAGCACUUUGUAGGAUUGUGAAUACUGUAACAGGCUCAAUAAAUUAAGAUGUCCUGUCAAUUCCA